CCUAAGUCAAAGCAGAGUACAGUGUCACGACUGUGCUGGGGCGGGGGGGCAGGUUGGGGGCCUCCACCUUCUGAAUGAACCACAUUAGCAUUGGGAAGUAUCAUGGACUGCGGGUGGGCUCGGCCGUGCUCAGCAUUGUGGCUGGCUGCAUCAUCAUUGGGGUGUCCAGGGAGUGUGACGCUGAUGCUGUAGGAGGUAUCUUCUUGGGAGCAGGGGGCCUCGGCCUGCUCAUAUCGAUCUACCCCUUCAUAAGAGCCUGGCUGAACAUCAACCAUAUUCUUCCAUCUUUUGGAAAUGUCCGAGUGCACCCCACGCCUGCCAAUCCUGCUCCUGAACAGCCGAUAGAGGCACUAAGACGAGAAGGGACUCAGAGUCAACUAAAUCUGGAACGUUCUAAGAGUCGUAUGGGAACCUUUGUCGAGGGCGGACCAAGGGCUGAGCCCAACCCAGAUGAAGGAACUUCUUCAGACAUCCCAGACAUCUUAUCUAGACGGAAACUAAAGCUGUCACCUGAUCAAGACUUGCCAUGAUGUCAUCUUACCACACGAGCUGACUGACCACUAUUAUUUAAUCUUCUCUACUAAAUCUUCUUCAUUAAGAUUCCUUCAAAUGUGGGAAAAAGGGUAUUUUGAGUCUUUCUGAUUCAUUAUUUUUGCUGUAGCGUUGUUGUAUAAUCUUAUUUGCUGAGAUCACCUCAUGAUAUUGUACUCAUGUGGUCUUAUAAUUAUAUGCAAAUAUUAAAUUGGAAUUGUUAGUGAAGUACUUCCUGACACUAAGGGAAGCUAAUGAAGCCCAGCAGUCCCAUUUGUGUGCAGCUCAUCUCAUCAUCGCCCCAUGUUUUCAUUCUCCAAUUAAAAAAUUAUUAUGGUCAUUAUGUGAUGAUGGGACUCUUACACAGUACAGCUCAAGCUCUCUGGUUUGUAUGUAGAAAGAGCUAAACAAAUGGGUAUGCAUGUGUUCAGAUAUGCAAAUAGCUACAACCAUCGCAUGCACACAGUGAGCUGCACCACCGCAGUGUAAUAUAAUACAUUGAUAUUCAGGACAGCACAGGCAGAAGUGAUGCUGCAUGGGAAGUGGCGUGGGGAAGAACGCUGUGCUCAGACGAAAAGUGUGACGUGCUGUGAGGCUGAAUAACGAUGAUGGGUCUCAGCAACAGGAGUCCAAGGAGUCUGCAGUGCCUUGAUGACAACUAGCAGUUUGAUUGUCAGGUCUCAAAUCACAACGCCUCGCCGAAGUCCUUCUGAGUCUGCAUGAAGUUAACUGGCAGAGGGACACAUAAUAAACAGUUGAUUGAACAUCAUCCAGAAGACGUUGAUGGUUGACACUGAAAAAGGAAAAAUUGCUUCAAUUCAAGCCUCAGUGUUUGAGGACUUCCUUUAUUUAUUUAUCAUUUUUAAACCAUCCAUCCAUGGCCAGUUCAUGCCCACUCCAGCAUGCAAUCAUAGACCAGAGGCAUUAAUAUAUAAACACUCAUCUCACAGAGGCUCAGCAAAUUUUAAAAAAGAAACCACAUUUUGCCCUAUUCUGUCAAAUAAACAGUCAAAAUGCCAGCUAUGUUUAGUCUUUCUGAUGGUGACCAAAAGAGGUGAACCAAACUCUUCAUCCCCACCCCUCGAAACAGCAGCUGACAAGUCCAUUAAAUCUUCUUGGAGCUGUUGAUCGUAUCACGCAGUCUCCAUCAGCGGAUGGAGUUAGCUCAGUUGUUAUGAAACUGUAGACCCUCAAACCUUCAUUUAUUCUGACCGCUUGUAAGGCUUCACAUCUGGGACUGCUCCUCAUCCAUUUUGGCUGAUGAAUACCAUAUAAUACAAGUGAAAGCUCCACCUCUAAAAGAGCAAGUUCAUCCUGAGUUGAGAUUGUUUGCCAGCUGCAAUUUGCUGAUGAAGAUAAUUUGAUAUGGUUAAAAGUUCUGGAGCUAGAUAAUAAAUUGACAUUGGGUAAUUUUGUCUUUACAACAAAACAGACACUGGAAGAAUUAUGAAGAAAAAAGACAAGUUAGUGGACCUUGAGUUGGGUUUAUUUCGCUAAA